AUGCGGCUUCUUAAGCCUCACUGGGUGACGCAUGGUAAAACUUCAAAAACUGGCCCAUUCUGUGAGUGAAAUACCGGUCUUUUUGCGUUAACUUGGCCAACCUUAAACCCGCAUUAAUAGUCCUUUCUCCCAAACAAUUUAGUGCGUCCAAUCUACACCCUCGAUAUUCACCCAGAUGGAAAGCGGCUUGCUACUGGCGGUCUGACGGACGGUGGCGGACUGAUAAUUCUGUGGGACAUGUCGCUGAUACGGGAUCCUAGUCUCGAAAAAUCCUCAACAUGUCAAAGACUCUUCCAAAUGGAUAAUCAUCAGGGUACCGCCUGAAAAAAUAAUUCAGCCUAUGCACAUCUGCCAAUUGCUGCUGUUUUUUAUCGACAUUUUGUUCCAAGUAUGCCGCAAAAGCCGGGUUUUGCAGUCCUCUGGAUUAAUGUGCCACUUCCUUUGCCCCCCUCAUUGUUGUUUUCCACCGUGUCGACGCGAUGUUUUAUUACUACUUUUCGUUUCGAGCUCUGAGAGGUAUCCAGUCAGGAGAUGCUUGCACUGAUUUAACCCAGCAAAGUCAGUUAAACGCAACAGAUUGCAAAAGGUUGUUCUUGUAUAUGACCACAGUUUGUAGAGGAUGUAUCUGAGGUCUUUUCUUCUUUUAACUUAUGAUUUAUUAACCGCACAUAAUUGUGAGCUGUCAUGUAUUCAUCGGAUUUAGAACUGAUUUUACAUUCUGCUUGCAUUUUAGCAUGUGUAAAUUGCGUCCGUUGGUCUCCCACUGGUCGGUGGCUAGCUUCUGGUGGCAUGGACCGUGUCGUCAUGGUCUGGGUCAAAACUUCGUAUGUGUCUUUGUUACUCCUGUUGCCUUUUAGUGUUGAAAACUAUGUGGAAAUGUACAUGUAUUAUGAUAGAGUUGCGCUCACCAAUCAGGUUACGGAAUGUGCUCAUCCUGUUGUCCGUUCGGGGAUAAAACUCGACUUCUAUCAGGCAGUCAGAUGGCGACUAGUUGUAUGCGUAGAUAAGGUGGAGCGACAAAGACAUGGGAGACUGGAACGACCAUUUCCAGCUUGUUAGCCGUCAUCAGUCAGUCGUACCCAGUCUCCGGUGCGGAUCACCUGGGAUUCGAACCCGGGGCCUUUAGUUCCUGAUUUGAACGCGUUAUCACUGAGCCACGGGCCUGUUGUCCUGUCUUUUGUAGUCGCGAAUAUGUAUUAUGGUAGAGGGGUGCUCACCGAUCAGUUUGAGGGACGUACUCGCUCCAUUGUACCAUCUUACAUACAUGCGUGUUUAGCUUCGUAGAAGGCUUUGCCGAAUGUCGAAAUUCACCGUAAUUGCACUGCUUCACACAGCCUCAUCUUCGCUGUCCGCCAAAAGGGGAAUAAAAGGGUUAAAGCUGGUCUGUUUUCUGCGCUUAGUCGGUGCUACAUUUAAACACAAAUCUGGUCGGUUUUUUUAACAAGUCCUUCUGUACACGAACUGCCCCCCAUGGUGUUCGUGAAACCGUGCGUGUUUAAGUGCAGAAGAGGAUAUGAACCAACACAACACAUGAAUAUGCAGAGUAGCAUUGCCGACAAGGACAGUGGAGGCGGGAAUGUCGAUUUCCACCUUAUUAACCGUCAUCAGCCAGCCACACCCAAUCACUGGUUUUCGCAACCUCUGAGACCCGAACCCGCGGCCUGUUGACGCAACGGGACGAAUGUGUCCUGUAGUGCAAUCGGUGAGCUUCCCUCUACCGUUGUUUUUAAGCCUGAUCGCAACCGACAGGACAGCGAGCCCAUGGCUCAAGGGUUAAGACAUUGCGCUUUCAACCAGCAGAUUAUGGGUUCGAGCCUCAGGGAUUGGACAGGCUUGCAAUUGGUUAUGGCUGACUGGUGUCAACAUAUAAGCCAGAAAUGGCUAUUUCAGUCCCUCUUGUCCUUGUCGGUAAUGUUAUUGUGCGUCUAAUGCUAACUGCUGAGCAGUUGCCGGUGCGGUUAAAGGUUUAACCCCAAGGCACAGCGAGCGAGCGUGUUCUGUAACGCGGUCGGCGAGCUCCCUUCCACCAUAUGGUUAUGCAGCUUUAUGGAGACAUAUCUUCAUAGGCCUUAGUUAGAAAACUUAGCAAUCAGGUUGAAACCCCAGUUCUGUUUUGAAAUACACAAAUGUUGGCAAACUUGCGAAAGUAGUUUUUAUUUUCUAAGGAUGACGUGGUUGUAAAAUGGGUAUCUUUGACGAGUUUUGUACGUCCCUCCUAUGAAAUGUGAUGGCCUUUAUACAGGUAUUCCAAAUCGAUUUUAAAAUGGACGUCACUGAUAUGGUGCCUUUCAGACUGUAAUUUACAUUAAUCAGUGGAUAGUAGUCCAGUCGACAACCACCUCACCACUGUGUAGCAAUCUACUUAGAACUAUUUUCUGUGAUAAUAGUAAUAGCUGAAACUCUGAAAAUAAUAAUAAUAAUAAUAAUAAUAAUAAUAAUAAUAAUAAUAACUAGUCUUGAUACCACGCUGAAGUACUCGUCUCUACUUGGAAGCGCAUGAAGACAUUUUGGUCAUUGUUUCGUAAACUUCAGUGCCUACGGUAGAAAUAUAACCAGGGCUGCUUUCACUAAUGUGAGACGGAUUUUGCCAUUUUAUUUAAUUCACUAUUUGACCGAACGAGCACUCGGUAUGCUAAGCUGAAAAUGCUCCUCAGUAUUUGCUUUGUGUAAACAUACUAAGGCUGAUCGGUAGGACGCAAUCCAGCCAACAACUUUCACAAGUUUUCUCUUCGAUCCGUUUAAGUUAUGGGGACCGACAACUGCAUACUUCGACUUAUACUGCGUGCAUAUCAAAUAUGCCACAUGCAUAUCCGGGCAAACUACUUAUAAGAGUAAAUAAAAAUUAUUAACAAAACCACUGUUAUUGCCAGUUGUGUCACAAAAUACCCCGUCAAUUAUGGAACACUUGCACGGGUUACAUACAGUCUGUUGAGAGGAUGUUGAUAAAUCAGACGACUCCAAAUAACAUUCUUCCUGAGCGAAGUUUUUGCGGUUCUCGAUACUCCUUUGCGGAGAAAAUUAUUCAGAGUGGUUAGUAAAUAAAACUUCCUAUUCUGUAACAUAUUUUUCAUCAGCAUUUCUGACGUCAGUAAGGGUAAAUAGCUUGUCAAAAUUUAAAUCGCGACCGGUUUCAUACAGUUUGAUGAGUAAAGUGUAUCAAUCUGUUAGCUUGUUUUUAGCUAAAUAUCUAAACCAGCUGCCCAAUAUCCGUCGCGUGACACGAGUAUAUUAUUUAUGAACAGAAGGCGGUCGCGUUCUCGUUAACAAACUUACUAACACGAUUUACAGGACUAUUCAUAAUGUGCUUUUUCCUUAAUUUGUUCGACCGAUGUACAGAUGCCUGCUGUCUUCGUGACGCCAAGUCACACUAGCCUGGUAAAAGAUACUGUUGAAAUACUUGGCGUCAGUCUUGUUUGCCAUCUUACGGUUUUAUCGUGAAAACAUCGAGACAUUUUUUUCGGAAUCCCUUAAGGAAUAAGGCGACUACGAACCAGCUCCCGUUGCAUUGUUUUUUUGGAGUUGGGGUGGGUUGCAUUGGGUCAUAUUCGUUGUCUUGAUGACGGAAAUUCUCGUGACUAUGGCCUUACAAUAACAUUAUUAAUUCAUGGUUUUUCGUUCAUACGUCAGACGUACACUUAAGUUCCCUGAAAAAUUACCGGUUUUGCGUUCGCAAUUCAUACCUGAAAAUAUUCCUAGAUCAAAAAUACCUCAAUCUGUAGCCAAAAGGAAGUUUACAGUUGAGCAAUUUGGGGAUUCUUGUCUGACACGUCUGAUAUGAUUGUCAUGAGACUAGCGAGAACACCCCAUCUCUUCAUCUUAACCGUUCUAGCACACUUGCAUGUGGCCAAUAGUCAAAGGGUGCGGCACCCACAGCUUGAGCCACUUAUUCAAAUUUGGGCAAAAUUUAUACUAAUAUCUGGCAUUCUUUAUUUAGCGCGGGUGCCCGAGCCAGUGCUAUCUUCGGGGCUACUGAAAAGAUGAAGUUUACGGAACACUGGCGGUGUGCGACAGUCCUGCGUCAUCACACCGGAGGUACUUCUUUUCCCUGCUACUCUUUUCGCAUUGGUUAUGAUGCUACUAUUUUCGUCCUUUGGAGAAUUCCCAUUUUGCGCCACUUUUAUGAUUAGACUGUCUCGAUCAAUAGUAUUUCAACCUUGCACACCAUCCCGUCUCGUCUCUCCAGUAUCGUUUAGUGCACAUUAAACAUGGCUUAGGGUGGUGGAAUAAGUCAUACAAAACUCCCCAGGUCACUUGCGAUAUGAUGUUUAGACUAUUCCGGACAGACCACCAUUGCUGGUAGCAUUCAGCCCGGUAUUACAUCAUGCGUUUGGCGAAAAAAUCUAUAAUCUUAGUGCAGUCUUUCAGGCCGAAAAUUCGGCCGUCCAUCUUCAAAAGCUGGUGAGUCCUGUGUGCAGCUCGCAUGCCUCAUCAAUCUCGUUACUUAUAUUGACAAUGCCGAAUUCGUUACUUGAAACAGUAGACCAUAAAUGUACUUCUAAUGCCGAAAGCACCUUCGUGUCCUUAUAAAAUACCUCGGAAUCUUAUUUGAACUAUUGUCUAUUACUAGUUAGCCUACUUUUGUAAAUUUCAAUCUCCUUUUAUGCCAUCCGAACAUCUUAACUUCACACCCUGGAAACUUAUGUUUCUGGGUGUUCAUGGACACCUUAAUACCACGCACGUCUUACUUGGUUGCAUUAUCCUGAUUACCUAUGUGAAAUUUUAAAGUCUUGUGUCGAUCUGACCCUGACCGCCCCAGACUAUAGAUGAGAAGAGGUGCAGGAGUUCGGUUCCGCUGAUGGCAGACUUAUGCCUCAGUCGCCGCGCCGCAAGACGUAUGCACAUUUUAUUCUUAUCUGACUCCUGUCUUGUGUUUCAGACAUAAUCGACAUAGCCUGGGCCCAGGAUGGCCUCCGUUUGGCCUCCUGCAGUGUAGACAACACAGUCGUAAUCUGGGGCCCAUCUCAGGGCACUCCCAGUACGGCCUCAGCAUCGCCCUUCCAGUGCAUCGCCACGCUUCGUGGCCACGGCGGACCAGUCAAGGGUGUCGCCUGGGAUCCCGCCGGCCGGUACUUGGCCACCCAAGCUGAAGGCCUCGGUGUCCGCGUCUGGCGUGUAUCCGAUUGGCAGGAGGAGUCGAAGAUCAGCAAGCCGUUUGUCAAGGUAACAACUUACGCUCUGCAUUGUCAAAGCACAUCGUUUUGAUGUGCUGUGAAAUCCCUUCCUACAGCUGUCAUAGACGAAAUAAGGACCCGAGGAUUGUCAAUCAUUGCCCGUUUAUGCUGAAUUAGGAGCUAGGGGUAUAUAUUUCAGCUAGCACUUUCGAAUCAAUGAUUUCUUUUAUUUUUCUAGCAGAUUGUCGUUUAUUGAAUUUCCGGCUCUGUGGGCAGUGUUGAAACGUCACCCGAGCCAAGCGACUUGUCGCUGCAUCGGUCUACAAGAAUGGCCACUGUUUGCCUCGCGUCGAAUAAGGUAGAUUCCUGUUCAAACCCAUCAUCAAAGACAAAAAGCAGGCACGCAUCUGCCUUUGUCUCGAUGAUGGGUUCGGGCAGGGAUCCGAAACGUCAGUGGACUACUUUAUGACUAAAAGAAUGCUGAUGUCAUGUUUCCCAGUGGUGUUCUUUGUCUUCCCUUAUAAAUGCUCCUACGGAGUGUUUGAAUCAAGUUAGUGCACGUAUUGGUGCUUCGCAUAAUGUAUCGCUUAAUAGAUGACUGAGGCAGAAAGAAAAAUUUAUGAGGCAUUUCCGUGGUUUAUUUCUAUAACGAGGUACGCUUUUUAAAACCCCAUUCCUCCAUCUAAAAUCCAGAAUCACAGAGUUGCUAGAGGUUGGGGGGCCACUCCCAAAAAGUGGCCGUCGCAACUGUUUUUGUUCGAGAAGAAAUUAUUUUGGUGUUGGGCAUGGGUGAAGGUCAGACUAAGACGUCUAAUUGGUGUGCUAGAGUAGGGUUGGAGAAAGUACUCCCUGUUCUGCUUGGGAAUCACCCCCCGCGACGGAAUUGCAUGGGUGAUUCCUGUACCACGACAACGCGCCUGCGCACAAGUCGGGUCUCGCGAUCAAUUUCUCGGUCAAUUUUGUCAAGCAUACGCCUCAUUCGUGCGACCUGUGCGGAAAGAGAGUUGGGACUUGAGUUCGACCGCUGUGAAUGGUGAUGUCCUUCGUGCCUCCUGCAGAAUGAGGCAGACCACACACACACUCUCUCCUCCCUCACCCACCUCACUCAGGAGGCUGACUCGGACGCAGUGGCUGACUAAGCUAGACAGCCCAUCUAUGCGUGUCACACACGACCUGGUUCCCACAUCAUCUGUCAGACUUUGGUGGGAAGGCUCAGAUCUCAUGUCAAUAAUAGUGCCAUAAAGACCACAUGAAGGAGGAGCCACUAAUCCCCACUCAGUCCUUCAGCCAGUCAUCCUACAUACGCACACAGUGCUGGCCGCGAGCAGCAACCUAGCGAGUUCUGCCCACAAAAGUGCAAAAGAUUACGCGAAAAACGAGUUGAGACGAACCAAUCGGCCCUAAAAGCCGUCCAAAUCUGGUUUUACACUCUCGAAAAAUGCAAUUGUGAGAACUGCUGGGUGUCUGAGUUCCUUGUUGUGAAAGUAAACUGGUAAUGUUGGAGGCCACAUCGCAGUUGAAUAAGAGGAUGAAGGUCCCUGAAAGGGACAUUUCAGACUUUCAUCUUCUAAAAACUAGAAGGCGCGCGACUUUUCUAUGCACGGUUAUGGACUCCUACCCUUCGAUGAAACGUUUAUUUACAAGUGAGUUAGAAACUGUCCUACUCCCCUAAGAACAUACCACAAAUAAAGCGGGCUGUUUCAAUGCCGUCUCGAAGGUAGUCCAUAUCCCACAUGGGUUUCUGAAGGUUCCAUUUAGAGUUAGAGACACCCAUGUGGCAUUAAACGUACUUUUCAAGGUAAUAUGUCUUUCUAACUGCCAAACAUUUUUCGGUAGCCUCAGUUUGCUUUUUGUUAGCCUGAGCAGUCGUUUCAUGUCAGGCUGUCCAGGUUUCAAUUCCGCCACCGUAUGGGGGGAAAACGAGGAAUAAAUUAGUGGGAAUACCAGAGUCAAUUAAUCAUCACUUUAUUUCCAGAACCUUCCCAUUAACUUUGGAAAAUUCCCCGACUUCGUGCCCCUUUCUUUUUUUGCUACCUCAUAGGCAUCUGAUCAGAGCCAGGUGACUCGACUGUCGUGGAGCCCAGAUGGGUCGGUAAUCGUUGCACCUCAUGCCAUUAACAAUCGAUUCCCCACCGCUCAGCUCAUCAAUCGUAAUCACUGGCAUCCAGGACUAGACCUGGUUGGACACGAAAAGCAUGUGGUUUGUGCGGUAAGUCCACUCCUCCUUUCUUCACGCGUCCAUUUGAAGGAAAGCUUGAGUUUGAACACAAGCUUGUGGUUUUUUUGUAAGCGUGAAUGCUGAUUUAAAUCUCGCUGAGGAAUCUCGCUUGUAAGCGGUCCCUUGGGUUUGGGUAGUGUAACCUUUCAGAAAUCAAGGGCUAAGCGUGUUAGGGUUAGCACGCAAGGCGUCGGGUUCACAGUACCGACGGCUAGGGCGGUUGAAGGGUAAAAGCCAGCAAUGCCUCCAAUCCGUUCUUCGUCGCAUAUUCCCUUGUUAAACAAGAUGACAUUGCCCAAGGACCAUAAAUAGCCUCUGAAUGGAGACCAUGUGUUCCCGUUUGUAGCUGGACCCUCAUACAUUAAUGAAGAAUGUCAUCGAAGAAACGUCAGUUCGCCAAGACCUGACUGCAUUAAAUAUUCGAACAAGCCGGUAAUGUUUGUCGUUAGAAGCCUGUUUGACAGAAGACAAGUUGGCUACACUUUUUAAGUUAGUUAACUCGUUUACUUCGUGCGCUGUACUCUGCUUCCAAGCAUUCGAUAAGUCCUGUUUGCCCUGUAUUCGGAGUUAUUUUGUAUCCAAAACUCCUGCGUCCUUGCACCUCCUCCCGUAAGCGCACUUUUUAGGAGCUCUUUACUCACAUUGGCUACUUGUUUUCAAUGAUGCAUUCUACUCUGGAAGAGACACUGUGUCCUAUGUUUAUUGUGCUACAUUUUUAGGUCGGCAUGUUUGAAGAUUCGACAGUAUCUCUAACGCAAACGUGCAUUUGCGUAGACAUUCAUGUUCAGUGUUCAUUUUUGAGAAUAUUACAUCUCAUCAUAAAAUUACGUACGUAAGCGUUCAAGUUUGAUCGCGGCAGUUCGUUUGUUGUUUUCAGAGCUGUAUAAAAAGAGGAAUUCCAGGGAAUUAGGACGUAUUGAAAGGGAAGGCGAUUUGUACGCUGAAAAGGAGUUUUGUACGCUCAAAACUUUUCACGUCUGGUUUGAAUUUCCUCUUUAGUUUUAAAGUUAGUCUGUAGCAUUCGUAGAACAAAGCGAAAAUGUAGAAAAGAAGAAUGAACUAAUUUUUCGGAGCACAAUUUAUAGGGUCUUCAAUAACAUGCUAUUUCCUGUCACUUGAGUAUCGUCCACUUUUUCAAAAACUGUCUUUCCUCAAAUCGGUCUUAGUGAAGGCUGAGCAGAUCGCUACAAGCUUAUGUACCACCAUGAGAACUGCUGCAGAACAUAUCAAUUAACAGAUUUAUUCCAUAUGCUAUUAACACAAAUCCACGAUUUCCCUUGGCUACUGCGGAAUGGAUACAUGCACUGCUUUUCUACCGACAAAUAACCUAGUGUUGUUUUUUCAUGCAGCGAUACAAUCCAAACCUUCUACGCAAAUCGACGACUACAGGCCAUUCGGUAUGUAUUUUAUCGUCUCCCCUUUUUGACUCUUACGCUUGCCCCACUAGCGCUGUGCUUUUAAAGGCCUUUAAAAGCGUUGACAUUCUUGCGGCCUACAGUCUAACCACUCAUCUUUUAUUCUUUCCCCACAGGUCAUGAUUUGCCUUGCUUUGGGCAGCAAGGACAGAUCUGUCUCAGUGUGGGUAAGUUGCAUCCCUCACUGCUGGAACGUUUGAUCCUUUUUUCUUGUGAUCUUUAGACCACCUCUCUCCCAUCACUUCUUUUCUUUUAGACAACUCUUGGUCGUCGUGCCUUUCUAGUGAUCCGCGAUCUGUUCACCAACUCCGUGAGCGAUCUCACCUGGUAGGUCAUUUAUUAUUUGUUACUUUUGUUGCCUCUGUCCUGCGUCCAAAAGUAGGAUGAUGGGAAAGAUGGCAGGUGCAAUGACGGUUUUCUAUUAGUUUGUACUAAGAGCGCGGCUUUGACCACCAAUUCAUACAUACUUGCCUGAGGGAAUACCGUGCUUAGUACUGUGCCCAAUCUGGUGAAAGUCUACGAUCCAUUGAGGACAUCGCUGACCCGCUGUAUGCAGACCAAGCGGAUGGCUGGUAGGAUUUGAGGCUAAACGUCACUGAGUCGUGUUGUGGGAACUAUCUUUUUGCCUAUGUGAAGUUGGGCGGUAUGAACCCAAUUUAAAUUGUGAGUGAUGUUGUACAGUCCGAGUUAUAGGCAUUCUGACAUCACCAGCUGAUCUACUGCAAUUCUUCACCAUAUCACCACCGCGUGUCACCUUUCCGUAUCGGCUUUCUGUCUUGUUCUGUGACCGGAAAUACAAAUAAAUUCAGUAGCACGCACGUGUCGUCAUUUUAGCAGGGACGCCUCUCUCACUGAUGUAUUAUAAUUAGAGUUACUUUGCUUUCAACGGCACCAGAGGCACUUUCUCUGCGUUCAGCACCGACCGUUCAUUUAAUUCAGCAUCUUUUCGAUAAUACAGUUUGGUUGCGUAUACUGAUGCAUUCGUUCUUGGCCUCUGUUUUGAAGGAGCUCUGAUGGAAAGGAAUUACUGGCCUGCUCUCUUGAUGGCUCCGUCUCUUACAUGGCCUUCACGUCAGAAGAGAUUGGGGAACCGUUACAGAUGUCAGAAGUGGUGAGUUUGUUCGCUACCGACACAAGAAAACAUCUUUUAUGGUAUUAAACAGCUUUUUCUAGGGUUGCAAUUACAGCUUCAAGUUCUAUUACGAAUUCUCCGUGAGUAGUAGUUUGGUCGAAGGGGUCUGCAGAGGUAUCUAAACACAGGCCUUCUAGAAAACUGUAUGCAAAGCGUGCCUCGCGGCACGAUUAUUUCUUUGGUUUUUUGCCCGAUGUCUUUUUCAUUGAAUAUAGUUGAGGACAUUCUCGGUUCCGCAGUAGUCAAGGCUAGUAACUCAUUUUCUACUCCAGUGAGAGUAUAAUAAUUUAAGUAGUACCUUAACUACGUCAUAUUUCUGCAGUGACAGAUAUUCCGGGAAGGUGUUAGAGACGUUUUAAAAAUCCAGACCUUCACUUGUAACUCUUUAGGAUGUUAAUAACAGCCCAUAAUCAGAGGGAAUGACUGAGUGAAGUGUGGUUUGCGCGUUGGAGGCCAGGGUUUGAAAGCCAACAAUCGAUGCUCCUACUCCGCGAAUGUAGACAGUGAGGAAAUGAGCCAUUGAGAGUCCGCUUGAAAAGUAGACGGCGUGCCUUCUUUAUAGCACAGUAAUUCGGUGUGGGACUGUUCGAUGGGAGGCCUUUCCAGGUUUACAUAACAUUUGAUGCGAUUUUCACGAUCCUGCAUUGAGAAACUCGCGAAUAUUUGACUUCGACUUGCCUAUGUCUCCAGUAGCAUCCAAUUAGAAGCGAUUACCAUCUUUAAGUGACUGUGUACUUAAAGUUUAUUAAAAGACACCUCGGCAACAACCCACCACGACUAUAUUUGUUUGAACUGUAAACAAAUGCAUAUCAAAAGGGAAUUGUUUACCUCUGGAAAAACUCUUGAGCCAUAAAGUUUCUAGGUAGGCAAUUCACUCAGAGGACCGCCCAACUACCCUCUACCUUUCCCCCAGAACGCAAAUUUAAAAUUUUUCCAAUUUCCACUGAAGUGUGGACUUUGCUUUACCCUUUCGUUUUCCGUCUGCCAUUAGGCUUAUACCUUUUCCAACAUCUAGGCCGACGUCCAACCGGCUGAACUUUGUGCCAGAUUCUUUGCGAGUGUCAAUUUGUAGAAAAUUGAAACAAGACUUUUGAAUGCUGAACUAAUCAUCCAACGUUACUUUGUAAGUGUUUACACACGUUCCAGCGCCUGUUCUGCAAAACGACGGCCAUAAAGGGCCCGGUACAAAGUUGAGGUAGUUUAAAGUAGGCCGAGAAUUUGGCAAAAAAUAUUGACAGAAUAUGGAAAACGAGGUCUUUGAGGGGUAAAAUAAAGUCUAACCCUCAGCGGUAGUUGGGAAAAUCUCAAACGUUUUGUUCUAGGCAAAGAUAGAAGUCAGAAGGGGCACGGACAUACCUAAGAACUAGAUUAUUUCCCAAAGAUGUUUUAUUCCAGAGACUUGUCCGUUUCCGUUCCCUUGAAGGCACGUAUACACCGAAAGACCUACGGUCAAAGCCUACUGGAUACCCUCUCCUCUGAUGGCUUGUCCGCCAACAGCACUUUGCCCCUAACAGGUGAGGGCCCGCAGGGUGUCACCAAAGUGGGUGUCACCGGUGUCGCCGGCGCUGCCUCUACACCUGUCCUCCUCGAGACUCCCGAGGCCUUGGCUUUACAGCGCUCUCAGGCCGAGUUGCGCGUGAAGCUGGACGGACUGAAAUCCUGCGAAGCGACCGCCAGCAGCAAUGGCUCCGCCGAGAAACCAGUUCAGGUGUGUGCGCGCGUCUCCUAGGGGGAUUGUACUGCGGGUGGACUGGACAAAAAUGGGCUGUUACCUUGGCCUAUGGCGUGGGUUUGUCGGGUUGCACAGCGUCUGCAUGAAUCCUUAGCCGCUGGCACACACUUCAGGCGAAGGCAGAUGUCACUUCUGCCACUGCGUUUACUCACGGCACCAGUCGGCUGACAGCUCGGGUGAGGCCACUUCUGGAGAGUGACGCAUCCUCAUGACAAACCAAAGCAUUCAUCAUUCUGAUACAUCUGACGUACUUGAGUCUAUUAGGACGUGCUGAAAGUUGUCGCUUGGGAGGUUUCCGGCUGACGAGUUAACUCGGUCCUCCUCUACAGCGAGGGCCAAACUGCAAUGGUCGGUCCUCACUAUGGCCUUUAUAGGGCAUCUUAGUUCUGUAAGAUUCAAGCCCGAGUGUGACUUGGGACAGACGGCGACUUCCUGCAGGCCAUUGCGACCAAUCUCAUUUCCACGCAGCCUGAUUCAGACAGCCCGCUGGUGUAUGGGAGAGGGAAAAGAUGGUCAUGUCGGUUCAGCUGAUAUCCAGGGCGCGGUUCCUCACUCUGAACAGUCAAAUGCACUCUAAAACCAUAAUGAGGUGCUACUAGUCUUGCGUUGGAAGGUGAAAAACUGUCGGGGCGAGUAGGCCCCACUCAGGACUGAGCGUCAGGCUGCCAUUAGUUUAGUCUGUAUGACGCUAACGUGUGUGAGGUGCGACAUACCUUUCUCCAUAGAAAUUGGUGCGUUUGGAGCUAGGACCAACUUGUGCAUCACAGGCAGAUUGGCCGUUUACAUGUUACACACUGCUCCUACGCACACCUCCGGUCGUUUGAACCCUGUCCUCCCAUUGGAACAUGGACGUGGAAAAAAAGUGAAGUAAUUUGGGUACAACGCGAUUUUACCUCGCCAUAAACAAAUUCACGCGCAAGUGACCGCUGCACCCUGUUCGGGACUGGUGGUCCUCAUCGGUCUAGAUCAUCUCUCACAUGUGGAAGAAUAUGCUGAUGUCGGUGCUCCUCAAUAACGCGCAGGCCAAUACUGCAUCCUCAGAUAGUCGAUGUCUUCGCAGUGUUCUAGGAGCGGUCUGUACGGAUAAACAAGCUAGUUAAAGUGUAAUCAGCACUUACGGAUAUACACAUAUAUGCGCAUGUAGAUGCGCCGUACAAUAGUUAAUGUAUUAAUGUACUACCGAAGAAAGUAGCUCGAUCCCAAUGCUCUGCAAAAACCAUGGUGAAUGUCAGUGGGUGUGCGCUGGGUUUCGUGAUAAUAAGACGAUGUCAUAAACAAACCUUACUUAAACGUUCACAGUAGUAUUAGAACCGUAAUGAAUUCGUUGCGUAUGUCUUCAAGACGACCGGUCGGGGUGGUCUUGUAGUGCGUACCGCCACACUGAUCCAGCCUCCUCUUAAAAGUCUCUACGGAUGUAAUCUAAACAACGUCCUCAGACAGAGCAUCAUGAGCGUAAACCACCACGUUGGAGGAAAAGAAUUUCCGUAUGCCCAACCUGGCCCCAGUCACACGUAGUCUGGCUGGAUGACCUCGCCUGCUCGUUGCGAUUGUUAACUCGAAGAAGCCUCCAGAUGCAAGACAACAGUCCUGACCGCACAGGAUGCCGAGUUGUGGGCGGAUUUGUCGGCGUUUGUCCAGUAGGUCAAAUUCCUUUUAGUCACUUUAAGUUAGCCAAGAUGUUUUAUCUUCCAUAAUUGUAAUAACAGGGGCAAAUUACACUUAACUGUUCCCAUAAAUAAGAUUAAGUAGGCAAAUUCAAAUUGCAGACUGAGUCACUAAAGCAACCAAAACCUGUGAAUGCUAGGGAGACUCUUAUCUCCCCUUGCAGGACAUCCACACAAGAUCGUCAAACAAUCACAGUGACAGUCAUAAUCUCUACCUGGGCCGUCUUCGAUAUUCUCAGUGCCUUGUGGAUUCGAAUCAGCCGGAUUUAUUUCCUGUGAAAAUAUUCACUCUAUGAAGUGUUGUUUCCGAAUAUAACGCAACUAAUGCGUUUUGUUUAUAUUUUGUCUUGUUUGCUACCGUGAGUCCCGUAUCAUGAUUUGUAAUUCGGCAUGUGAGACUUGUAGAAAGUCGAGGUUCAGAGGUUUGAGACAAGUGGAAUCCCCUGGCCGUCACUCGCCCGGUAGAUGGAGAGCAGGCCCGCAAAUUAACGUAUGUGGAUAGGACUAAUUUAAUGGCCGUUCUCGCCUGCCAUGUUACAGUGCCGUCAUUGAACUCUGGAACUUUUCUGGGUUGUCGGUUACCGUAACUUAACUCAUCACACUCGCCUAGUACCUUCUCCGCUUGCUCAAAUUUGCGCCGCGGCUCUAUUUAACUGGUGGUGUUCGAGGAUCCUUUUUUGCUCAUUUAUCGGGGACGAUCGUGUUGAAUUUAAUUCUCUUUGACGGAGUUCUUCAACACUUUUUCGCUUAGUCAGGUACUUUUUUAUACUUUGUAGCCCACGAGUCAGACAGAAGUUCGUACGAAGGAUGGGCGCCGCCGAAUCACCCCGCGUUUCUUGGGGACGCUGGACAGGUAGAUCUGUUAGCAGCGGGAGGUGGUGGGCUCCCGUGAAUUGACAACCUGCGCUCUAACUGCCUACUUUAAAGGGCAUAGUAGUUUAUGUUAACUAACUCUUGCGCCCUCGGUCUGCUGAAAUCCAUCCAAGGCGGUGACCUAAAAUUUUGUUUCCAACAGUUUUACACUGAUGCGUAGUCCUCUUAUUUCUCAAUCAGUCUUGUUUUGGUUUCUUUUUUUUCCUUCAAUAUUUGGUGUGAAAAGGUGAAAUUUCAGAAGCUGUCACGAAAACCUUGAGCUUAGAUCUCGGAAUUCAACUCGCGUAGUAACUGUAGCCUGGCCUAUUUAAAAGACCUCAGUUACAUUGUUCAAAGUAAAGAGGGAGGUAAGUGCUGCUUUCUAAGAGACAUGUUUUUGUUUAUGGAAAAAACCGGACCCGCGUAAUUUCACGGGGAUGGGGGUUUCGGACUCCCUUUGCUAUGGACUGUGACAGUUCGACUCAUCGGACUAUUCACUUAUAGCUGCUUUCGUCGCUGGUUUAAGGGGUGGCUUCAAAUAUUCGACAGAAUUAUUAAAAUUUUCGUGAAGACACGAGACGCAAAUCUGUCGUAGUAUACUUAAGCCACAAGCUGUAAUGCCAAAUAUGCUUCUACUAUGCAGCCGCUGCCGGAAGGCUUCACUCGUUUUAUUUUUGAGAAUCAAAUUUAUCAGGUGGGUGACGCCAUAGACCAAGAUGUAUGCUUGGUAUUGUGGCGUAGAAAGACACUUUGGGUGAGACAAGCUGUAGGUGCACGCUCAGGCGCCAGCGCCCACCUUUGCCAAAGACAACGCGCAUUAAAAGCGCUUUUACCUUUCCAGUCUCGAUGAGGAACCCCAGGCCAACAGCAAUUCACAAUUCACUGCAGAAAAGAGGCGUUCCAGCCCGACGGACCUUAAAGACAACCUUAUUUGCUCCUCCAACACACAAGGCUCCACCGUCUCGUCCUCGGCGGUAGAGACAGAAAUACAUAAGGACCAACCUCGGCCACAGACCGGUCCCGAAACCGUCGCUGUCGUUCUGAAGGUAAAAUUUUGCACUCAGCUGUUUCCGGACACUUGAUUUAUUCAGCUUUUGCUAAUUGACAGAGAUACAUAUCUGACUGUUUGUCUAUCGGAACUCCCAGACUCGUCCCUGUUGUCUGACUAGGUUUUCCUUCUCCGUUUUAGCCAUUAUCACAAGAGGCCUCUGACGAUAAGUGAGUUGUUUUUCGACCAAAUUUGCCUUCAAACAGUCUGUCAGGACAAAACACAUGCACACCUAAUUUAGCGCUUUUUGGGGGUGCGUAUGUAACUGAGGUCAGAGAAUCCACCAGAAUCUCAAAAUAUGUCAGUUGACAUGUAAUUCACACGAGCAAGUUGUUUGCUUAUCACCAAACUACCGCUGGGGAGCAUCGUAAAUUUUUGACCCCUCCCCCAGAGUGUCCUGCAGUUUGUUGCGUUUCUUCACAGGGGGCAUUUACUUAUUGAUUCCUCUGACUCUUUUGACCAAGACUGACUUGUCCGUGCCAUCAAAUUCCGGAUACGAUCCCCACUAAAUUUUCGUGGUAUCGCACAGCGUUUAUGACACCGGCUUGCUGUCCCUCCCUCCCCCCAGGGUAAUACACCAAUUGUUCCACCUUUCUUUUCGCUUACGUCCUAUCAUCUACAGCAGUUUCGCUUCGACAGAAGGGGUGGAGAUAUAUAGGGGUAGAUUGAUACAACUCUGCCUCGGCCUUAUUCUGCCUUCAUUCAUCUAAUAACAUCAACGGCUUUUCAGGGCUUGUUUGUUGCGGGAAAAAAGUGCAUAGUUCUGCGCCCCAUCCUGUGUUAGUAAAUGCUCCAUCUGGUGGACGAACCUCGUCUGUGGACCAUCUGCGCUUCGUGAGUGCACACGUUUGCUUCUGCUGCCGGAUGUUGGCCGGGGUUAUUAGUGAAGACAGAACGAGCCCGAAGUAGUGCUCUGUCAAUCCACAGACAUAUGUUUUAACAGUACCUCUGCUAUCAAGUCUUGGCGGAUUUCAGCCUGACGGGUGGUUGCCCGCCCUUGACCUCUGCCACUUCCGUGGCGGAGGUUUUAUGCAUCUGUAAGCCGAUUAACCAACGUGCACCUCUUCCCAUAUAGUAUCAAAUUCUUGCCUAUCAUCGGCUAGAUAAAAUAGAUUAAACUUAAUUUGCUUAGCAAUACCGACUGUUGUACAAGCCAAAGAUGAUUUUGCUACUGAAAAAGGAAGGUCUGUGCCUGAACCUAGUAUAAUGCGCGGCCACGACUGCUGUCUCUUACCUGCUGAUUUCUUUGAGUUUGCAACCACAACGAACCUCCGAGGUCAUUCACUUAAACUACGUGUGACUGGCGCCAGGCUGGACAUUCGGAAGUUCUUCUUUUCCAAUAGAUUGAUCGAGGCUUGAAAUGCUGUGCCUGCAGAUGUCUUCAUUUCCACCUCCGUCGAGGCUUUUAAGCGCAAGUUGGACCAGUAUACCACCAAACGUCAUAAUGUCACCUGACUGACGUCGUCUUAGCAUCUCGUUCUAACAGUUUAAUGUUAUUAUAUUACUGCCUGCAUUUCAGUAACUUUUGCUUUUAUAAUCUCGUGUCCGUUGAAUGUGAGUGUUGGCAUUCAAUUCGUCUCCCUCAUAAACUGAGAUCGCACCAAUUAUCCAUAGACUGACUACUUUACAGCACAUUUAGUAAUGUUAAUCUUUUUAAACACUUGGAACAAUUCGUUUAUCUGACUGGUUUCGAAAACUCUGCCAAUCUUAAAAAACUUCUGUAGCUGUUUGAUGUUUCUAUUUUCAAAUUUUUGAUAUAAUUCGCUUCCUUGUAACAAACAGGGAGUUCAAAGGUUCAACACCUAUGUUUCCCUCAAAUAAACUGAAAAAUACUCUCCCUAGGGACCCAGUUGCACAGACGGAUACAGCACGUUCUUCCUUGUACAGGAGAACUAAUCGAGAUCUGGAUGGUCAAUUGAAACUCUUGCGGCAUUUUUUUCCAAAUUUUGUAGCCUGGUCGACUACCAAUACUUUCCCUCGAUGCUGUUUUGUUAUGUUUUGCACCAGCCAAGUCCUUAGACCAAGUAGUAGUGGCGGUGUAGUGUCGUUCCUCUUUGACUUAUCGAAAAGAAUUUAGAUGUGAUAAGUGCUUUGUGCGCAACCCAAGACCACGCCCUUUGUUUAUUUAUCAAUCAGUCGAACUUAAGUACGGAAUGUGAUCGGGUACGGCUGACCGAAGACAGCUGAUAUGCUAGGUUGCCCCCUAAAAUGAACUACGUGGUAAGUGCGCCGGGCCAACACGGGCUAGAUCGGGGUCCGGCUGGCGUUGUUAUCAGGAAUGUUAACUAUUUUGGAACUGCACUCACUGAUCGGGUUACGCGGCACGCCCCUCCCAUGGAGUUGGACAAUGUUGGCUGACAACGACCAAUAGUGCACAAACGGCCACCUCAGUAUUCCUCGUCUUUGUCGAUAUCCCUCUUUUCAUUUUUGUUAGUAUUCCGACUACUUGUGCCCAGCUCAUUUGUGUAAUCAGAGAGAGGUCGGGUUGAUACGUGCGGUUCUUCAGAUAAUGUACACCAUUUGCCGCAGUUUUCAUCCUGCAUAUUUCCUUCUAACGUGAUUGGCGCUCAACUUUUACUCAUUUUCUACAUUUAAUCAUUUCGGGUAUCAUUGACCACCGCUCAAUUUGUUUCGACCUCUUUCUCUGCGUACUUACUCAGCCCGAGCCCCUCUCAUGUCGCCCCCGUAGUGAGCAGUACGCCGAGUGCGACGAAGGCGUCCCCCGUGCGUUCUCAGAGCCCUACGACAGCGACUGGGGCCUCAGAAUCCACUUCACCGUCCUCUUCGGGUCGGAAACGAAAGCGCUCAGAAUUGGUCGCCAGUCCGACGCAGGGAGCAGGCUCCGAAAAGCCCCUGGACAAGGCGCAAAAACGAAAGCGUCGGCGUCAUCGUUUAUUCCUUCACGAUGAAGCGACUGACCGCCUUAGUGCGAAUGCGCCCUCUGCAUCUGCUGCCUCCUCCAGUGGCGGUGGAGUUAGUUCCUGUAGGAGUCAGUCUACGAAACCCGGUUGGUGUUACUCUCAGCUACUGUUUACCUUCCUCGUGAUUUAUCCUUGAUGACAAUGGGUUUCUUUACCAAUUUCUUGCAUUAAGAGAUUGCUACUUAAGUACAUUUUAUUGCCUGUUUUCCAGUUCUGCCUUUGAGACGACUCCUUAGGUGGACGUGGUGGCUGCAGAAGUUGCCUUGUUUAUUGACGGACGAAAUUAAAUUAAGUUAAAUAACUUUGGGAGAGUGAAUAGCGGGCCUAAGUAGUUGUGGCAGCCUUGUCUGUGGCUCUGUGACUGUUCGUAGUCCGAUUGGACACCCAACAAACGAUGGCGUAAUUACCGAUUUUCUCAAGAUGGACAGUAGAAUUCGUUCCUCUCUACCCGGUGGCAUUGCUGUUGACCAGCUGAUUGCAAAGUUUUCGAAACUAGUCAGAUAAACGAAUUGCUCCAAGUGUUUAAAAGCAUAAACAUUAAUAAAUGUGCUGUACAGUAGUCAGUCUAUGGAUAAUUGGUGCGAUCUCAGUUUCUGAGGGAGAGGAAUUGAAUGCCAACACUCACAUUCAACGGACACAGGAUGAUAAUACAAAGAAAACGUUACUGAAAUGCAGGCAGUAAUAUAAUAACAUUAAACUCGGCACCUUUUUUCCAUGAAAGGUAGCGCUCAGUUUCUCCUCUUGUACUGAGGCGACACUUACUCGCUAAACCUCUCAUCCUGCCUCGUCUUCACCUGCAUCCUCAAGACAUCGAGAGAGAUUUGAGUUGAUUUUGGGUGGAUAAACCAAUGUAACUCCCUUUUGAAAAUUGCCGUUAAUGACCGUUCAAGUUUCCCAUUUAGGCACUCCCGACAAGGAAACCGCUAAGGCCACGUCUCUGGCACAGCCGCUGCACGCUACGACCGGAACGAUGCAGAUGGGCCGCAUCUGCCUAGAGCAAAUGCCCACUGUGGGACGCACCCAGUUCGUCUGCAGCAAUUCCGUGGAGGGGACGGUCAUCGUCAAUGUGAUCAACACAUCAACCCCUGAGGGAAGCAAAUCACAAUCUACGAGUAUGCACAAAGUGACUGCCUCCCGAGGCGACAAACAGAUCUGGGAGCUGAGUAAUCGAGAUCGUUUCACUGCGCAUGCGCACACCGAGUAGGUUUCGUUUAUCUUAUGGCUUUAUGUUCGAACAUGCGCUAUUAGAAGGCGUUUGGAAGGCUAUGUCGAACUGUGUACAUCAUGCGGAACGUUUUUGCAGGAAUAUCCGUUUGUCGAAAUGUAUAAACUAAUCUCCCGGGAAUUUCCUAUCUCGUACUACCUCACGUAGUCCGAAUUUUCGUUCUAGUAAUACGCUACUAUCUUUCGGAUUGCAUUUGUUGGCGAUUUUAUUUAUAUGCACGGAAAAAAAGCCGAAAGUGCUAGGUUAACCCUCGUACUCGUUGAAAAUGUUGGACUUUCCCUCGAUUCUCCGUGACUUACGGCUUCCGUAGUUGUUCGGUUUCCAUCUUUGGUUAGCAAAAGUCCUCAGUUUAUUUUUUUAGCGCCUAUCUUUAAUUUCGGUUAGCAAGAUCAUGCUGUGGUAAUCAAACGCAAAAAUCUUACAUUAUUUUAACCAGAUGCCUAUAAAGUGAUUUUAUUAGCAUUCUACCGAAAAGCAGCAGCAAAUUGCUAUCCUCUUGCUGAGUAACUACAAGCCAAUUGGGUUUUUAUGCUUUACUUCAAUAGUUCGGAAAGAUGUCUCUAGGGAUGUUUACAGUUUGCAUUUUGCCAUGGGUGCCUUUAACGUUUUCUGACACGUAUGUCAAUCUUAUCCUUUAAAGCACCACAAUGAGUAAACAGGAUUGGCUCAGCAAGGGAGAUUUCGUCCUAGUUGAAUUUAAACUUUGUCAAAACGAGUAUUCGUCGCGUGCAUGCGUGUUUAUAUCUACUCUUUGGUUUUUUAUGAAAACCCAACACUCACAUUAUUAUUCUCCUGAUAUGUUUCAACUCUUGCGUCGUCUUCUUAUAGAGACUUCUGUCCAUACAUAUGAUAGUUAAUGUGUUUCUUAAUAUCUUAUCCCUGACGACGGCAUUAUCAGGUCAGAAGACGCCAGUUUUGUCCCCAAAUAGUCAACUCGGGAAACUGAAAAGUACAGAAUUUGCCCGUUUCUGUACUGCGCGAUCUAAGAUAGUCAUGUAUGCUAUCGAUUAUCAAAACAGCGAACUAAACGCCGUUCAAUAAAAGAAAACUUGACAAUCACUUAUCAUCAUCACAUUUUUCAUAGAUGUUUUGGCAGAUUUUGAAUAAUCCAUAUUGACCCAGCCGUGAAAACUCGGUGCGCCUCGGUGGGAUUCGAACCCACGGCACCAAGUUGAAGGCUUUAGUACAGCCAACGCUCUGCCAAAACAUCUAUGAAUUACGUGAGCCUGGUUGUCGUCUGAUGGAUUCUAGGUGAAUUACUUAGGAAAUCCUGCUUGGUCAGUCAACUUACUGUAUCUGAUUUGGUGGAUUCCAGGCGUUGCAGUAGGUUGGACGGGUAACUUGACCCUUCUGUUAUUAAACUCGCGUCGUCCGGCGGGGCCUCGUAGUUCAAGUGGUUAGAGCGUUGGCUGUACUUAAGCCUUCCCCUUACUGCGUGGGUUCGAAUCCCACCGAGGCGCCGAGUUUUUCACAGUUGGGUCAAUAUGAAUCACAUCUUUGUCAUGGUUAUGUCUUAUUUGCAUACAGCGUAGCAAGUGAACUCCUAUACCGUGGUCAUUCCAUCUCAGCUAAUCAUUUGCUUCUCCAGACUCUACAAUUGGAUUUACUGACCAAUUGAAUACUUAGUUAGCUGUCCAUCCCAGACUUCGUGUAGUCUACACGACGAGAAGCGGGGAGUCAAUUAUAACGAGUAGUUAUGUACAAUAUGGGACUGCCUCUGUGGAGGUUUAGUGCUUUUAUUUGUAUACCCCGUAACGGGAGACGAAAACUUCCUCUUCAUUCGCACGUUUCGGCUGCUUGGGUGAUCGAGUCUGGGAUUUGAAUCAGUGCAGUUUUCUGUCGAAACGGAAGUGUGUCGAUCGGCACUUCUCCCUUCGUCGAAACCUUGAAUGCUGCCACACCUGCCACCAGCCAACUUCUGCCCGUUCCGUGACUUUUGCUUCUGCAUUCAACUCUAUCUAUGGGGGAUCCCUUGCGAUUGACCAUGCUAACUGAUGGCAGGUCACUGAAGUUACUCUGGCUAACUGAAGCCCGCUAUCUAACCAAGAACUAGGAUCCGAGGAGAUUGCUUUUGCUGUCACUGCCGACAUCCGUCAGGGUCGUGUUCUUACACCAGCUUUACCCAGCUUGGCUACGCAGUGCACGUUUGCAGGCCACUGCUGUAUUACGAUAGGUUGCGCUCCAUACUUUACGGAUUUGAAAUAAACUGAUACGUUGCGGUGCCGGCAAACCCUCGUACAGAAGUGUGAUGUGCAAUGUCCUGGAUAGGUGCGAAGGCACCCGAUGACGGCAUCGGGCCUUGUGGUCGGAGAUAUCUGUCCGAUCACGGUGGACGGUAGGGCUCUUGGACUGGUAGACAGUUUUCCCUGUCCCGAGUAGAGUUUUCUGUCGAACGAAGAAAGCAAUUGUGAAAUUGACCAUCCAAUUAGCCAGGCGUGCUUAUCUUCCGUCCGUGAUCGUCGAGACCUCUGGAAUCGGCAUGAAACUAGUGUGAAGAAGAACUUGCGACUAAACGAGGCCUCCGUCGAGACAGUGGGUUGUUGUGAAACUGAGAAUAUGUUCUGUGCGCUCUGAAGAUAUCACUCGCGUGGAAGAAUCCGAUCGGUAUUGUCUGCGCUCUCCCCUAUCGCGUCACCGACGUACGACUGUACAGUCACUCACGAACGGGAUCGAUCAGAUUCGCCUGUUUUGCAUGUCGACUGAGCUAAUUUGACUCUGUGGUGCGUCGAACCAGAGGCGAAAUCGUCCGAGAUGUGUCACCUUGCUGAAACUUCGCCUUGGCUGACAACGGAAGCGAACCGAAUAACUAAAGAUGUGGGUGGAUGUGGUGGCCGCCGUCCCAUGCGCAUUUCCGAUUUCUCGACUUUCGGUGUGAGGGACUAGCCUGUUAGUUGGCCUAACUUUGCUCAAGCGUCUGCUUCCUACUGACUGCACUGGAUGCGAUUACUCCUGAUGCGGUGAAUCUGCGGGCGUGAAUUCGACUGAAUCAAUUACGAUCGUCGGCGAGGAUAGUUCAUUUACGCGAGCUUUCGGACCGUUUUUCGGAUCCGUCUUCAGAUAGGAAAGAAUCAAGAGAAGUAACGGCUAUACUUGUGAAUUAGUCAGCCAUCGUUGUCUUGUAUCAUUUUGAAUAGUUGAAUGGAUCUUUAGACAGUCACCAACCAUACGGUUGGGUUGUGAUUUUUAAUUUGACUACGCAUUGCUUGGCAUGCGUGUUCGAACUCGAUGCAACUUUUCAGCGACACCCGACCUGAAUCCGACAUAGGGAUAACCUUGCUUGCGGUUUUGCUAGCAGCCCAUCUGACUACCGACCUGACAGCAACGCCGAAGGUUAUUUUUCUCCGCACAGUGGGGAUAGUGGGUCUUCCCGCCAGAACUAUUCUUCAGUCUUUCAUGUAGUUUGGUCUCUAUGGUUGCGGGGUUGGUCAGCAAUAGGAGUGCAGUAGAAAACGCUCGAUUGUCCUCGUGUAUUCAAUCGGUCCUUUGGUGCACAUGACUUGGCUACGCACUGGGUCAGUUGUCAGUGUGUGGCGACGAUGUUUCGGCCUCGAACAGUACGUUCUGUGGCCUUAGAGGCUGUCAUACUGCAGAGCAAUACAUGCCACAUUCAGGACCCUGUUUCAUCGCUGUCAUCCGUUGCUUGCACUCGACGAUGCCGUAGGUAUCUACUUAUGAACGCACUGAAACAGCUGUUUCUCUUACUCAACCGCUCUGAUAGCUCAUCUUGUUGAUCGUUCGUGCAGUUUGUUCACACGCCUUAGUGUUCUUUCUUGCGUAGCCUGCAUACAACCUUUCUUGUGUUGUAUUGGGUUCUUUCUGCAGAGGAUGUGGAUAUGUGUAGUGUUUUUGCCAGAUUCUUGUCUAGUCAUCUUAUGUCGGAGUGGGAAUUUGCACUCUGACUCAUCUGCUAUUGUUAAUUUGAUUUUGGCAAAUAUAGCCAUGUAGUCAGCAUCAGGCAGCAUAUUUGGAGUGAGUUAGAAAAGCCCUUCAAGCAUGUGUGGGUGGAAAGUAGUUAUGUUGUAAAAAAUUGUACAUGUAGUUUCAGUGUGCAGAAUGCACAAAAAUAAGGGUGAAACAGAAAUGUGAUGUGGCGUUUGCGAAAUUUUCAUCUCGGUGAAGAUUAAUGUACAGAAAAGGAUCUGUUGAAUCGUGUUAAUGGUAUGUUUUUAGUCAUUUUAGUAAUCCACCAGGUGGGGUUUGGGGAGCUCGGGUUGCCUUUUAACAGGUGUUUAUACAUCUAUCUCUUGUACACACUCACGGUAGGCGAAUUUACAACAUACGUCGACAAAGAAUUCUGUUGGCGAAUGACUCUGCGAGAGUAAGGAGGAACUUUGAUUGGUGUGACACAGUUCCUUUUUAAACUGGUAAUCCUGCCGUCCGAGAAUAGCCUUUGUCGUCGUUUGAAAAAGGAGCUUCCUAGUCGACAUCCUGAUCGAAUCCUCUUAGCAACUGAAACGUUGCUAUGAGGUCACCUCUGUCCUACCUGCAGUAGAGGGGAUAUAUAUUCAAGGUCGUCAGGCGCUGCUCGUACGUAAAAUUUCUGAGUUCAUGAACAGACCUUGUAGCACGUCGCUGUACACCUUUAAGAAUGUACAUAUCCUUCCGAAGCCACGGCCCCCAAGCCUGUACCACAUAUUCAAGAUGCGGCCGCUGAAAUGCUUGGCACGCGUAUCUUCGUGAAUACAAUGUUAUCGUCGGCACGCAUGCCGCAGUGUACAACUGUAAAUGGGCGAUUGACUCAACUGCCGAUGUUAGCUUUUUUACUCUCGAUCUUUCCCUCCCCCCUACACACAAUCUUGGUAUAAAAUUCACAGGGGUUAUGUUUUGUAGUGGAAACUCUUUCCUCGCGCUUUCCGUUUUUGCGAAACUGCUUGGCGUCUUUGGGCAGGCAUGCUGUAUUGUGUUGUUUUGCAGACUUGUUCUCGUUCUGGUCCUUGGUUACUCCAUUUCGAUGGGACUGACCGAAUCCCAGUUGUGAUCGACAGAAAAACCAGUUCGUUGUUAUUCUGUAGUCAGCCGAUUCUGGUUGACAUCUUGCCGCGCGGGUUAAUUUUCAACCUAUCUUCGCAUAUUGGGCUUUCUCUGUCCACGAUUGCUAUGGCUACGUUGCCACUACACGUUCAAUCGGGUCACUUGGUUCAAUUCCUUCAGGACGCUAAUUACCCAGUUUUGUCGUUUAGAGGCUGAUACUUGUUUGAUAUGGCAGUGUUCUAUGCUGAUGAUGUUUCGUUAUUGCUGGAUUCAACCCUAGGUUGCACACUCCACCGUCUCAGCACCAACCUUGGUUUUUAGGGUCGUGUGGACCGUCUUGCGGCAUUACGGAACAUCGAUGUUUGCUCUGUUCUUGCACAUCUCUAAGGUUAUAUAUGUCUGGCAAGAUUGCUACCCCGCUCUGUAAGCUACUCCGUGUCUUUUCGUACGCAGAGUGCACGGCGUACUCGCCUAUUUCCGAAGCUCCCCAGACUUUACUGACCCGUUCAUCGUCUUGCUCACCUUUUGCCUGUUUCCUGCGUCAUUCAUAGCUGUAAGUGAUGUAAAUUAUCGACUAAUGACCUACGAAAGGUAGUCUAUGUGUUGCGCUGCCGGUAAUACUUCGUUUCUGAUGUUCCUUUUCGUGUCUCACCAGAUAACUGACACUGAGGAGCUACGCAAACAGGUGGACACGUUUCUGAAUCCCUCCUUAUUAAGGCUUUAGAUCGAGCAUGUGGACCCACCUAGUCUUUACUUCUAUGAAAUGCUUUCUGUCACUUGGGUGACGUAACUUUACCUCCUUCUCUGUAGCUCAUUCUCCGUCGAGCCUACCUUGGCUGUUACCAUUAGGAUUGGUAUUCGGCUUAAAGUUAGGGCUAGACUUUAAGGUUAGGAUUAGACUUGGGGGUUAAGAUUAGUCUUUUGACAUCGGUCUGGAGCUAGGGGUUAGGCCAUUAACGUUGUCAAGUUCAAUCAUAUCUUCAGUUGCGGCCAUCACGGCAGCGGGGUUUAACGGUAUAUUUUUCACAGUUCCCCCUGCAGUGCAAUUAGUCAUCCCGGGUCGGUAUCAGUUUGCCCGGAAUUUCUAACCAGAGUCGUCGGUACUCAUUUUUCCUCCCGGUUGGCAGCCUUUAAUUUCUUGGAUUUCAAAGUGUGCGCUGGCGUUCUUCGGCAUUUUGGUGUAUUUAAACAGGCCAGUGGCGCGAAUGUAGGUUCCUCCCCCUUGCUUCCCGAAAACGGUUAUCGACCAGCUUUGUCUAUCCACUCAUAAGAUCCCUGUUACCUCCGCAACCUUAUUACGGGAGUCCUCCAGUUUUUCAUUGCGGCAACAUAUCCGAUCGUUACCGAGGUGUUUCUUUGGUUACAUGUUUUCCUUCUAUACCUUCUUCAGUAAUUUCCUUUUUUGGUUUUAUGUAUCCGUUUCACAGGACCCUUAUAGCACUGGGUGAUUGUCGUGGUCGUUUGCGACUACUCCAAUGUGGUGGCGCUGCUAUCUGUCCACCCAUCAUCCUGGAAUCGGGUUUGCUUCAGCUAGCUGCCUACGAUCCGUGGAAAAAGUCUACAAAACCGAAUGGCGAAGCUUUCAAGCCCGCGCCCGGCGUCCGGCCUGCUUUUUCCUCCUACCUCUACCCCUUAGGCGAAGGCAGUAGUGGCAAUCAGGCCUCCGUCGAUACCCCCACCGCCGCCGCCUCAUCAUGCCAGCCUCAGCAGCAGUUGGCGGACCUCGAUGAAGUGCGUCUGGCCGCCAUUACUGCCUCUGGUUGCCUCCGAGUCUGGUCCCUUUUUGCCGGCUGUGAUCGAACCCCGCUGCUUAGCGGUCGCCUUUCGGCUGCCCUACCCCGGCUGUUGGUUGAAUCUACCGUGGCUGGCAUCGUUCAACGUAUGUCUUGUCUGACCAGGCUUUUUCAUUUUGGUUCUUGGACAUUUCACUGAUUUUCCACGCGAAGAGGAUGGAUUGUGGUAUUUAGGAUCAUAGGUCCCCUGUAGAAAAUUCAGCAGCCCACCCCCAGGAAAUAGUUUGUUCUGGUUACGGCUCACUCCCCGCUGUGAUUUUUGCACAGAUGAGCGUGUGGAUCACGUUUUGUGUCGUUCUCUGUGUAUUUGGUGGUCCGUUCGCGGGACGUACCAAUGGGUGUUUGAAUUCUCUCCUCGUAAUUACAGACCGCAACUGUCCUUCUCUUCGAACGCAACCCGCUCUUGUAGUAUGGUAUUUGGGAGUUACAUUUUCACCCCUUAACUCCUAUCGCUGUUCGCUUUGUUUAAAGGCAUUUGAGUAAACGAAAAACGGCUCCGCUUUUAACGCGUGUUAGUCGGAUCGUAAGGAAGGCACACAGCAGACCGUUUCAACUCCAUCCCGCACUCACCGUGUUCGGUUUGCAAAGCCAACUCCUGAUUUCUGAAGAUACGACUGUGUGCAGUGGUUGAGCAUAGGAGUUCCUCCUCUCUCAAUCCUCUACUGGCCGAACUUCACCUGAGUAUCCCGUCAAUUUCCUCGUUUUUGUUACAGCCUUUGUACUGAACUUGCUUAUCUCUGUUUGUUUCUCAAACUACAUUUGCCUUUCCACCUAGCUGGCGAUGGCGGUGUGUGCUCUUCCCUGGAAUUCACCGACAAAGGCCACCUUGUCGUUCGCCUAGUCUGUGGAUCGUGCUACCUCUUCAACACCGAGCUCCGUGUCUGGUAAGCAUCUGAGCUGGCACUGGAUGGCUUUACUUUUUUAAAAAUGUUCCUCCUUCUUCGAUGAAAGGGUUUAUAACCCGUCUGGUAGAGGCAGGUUGUGAGCCACCUGUGCCGUGUGGGUGCCCGUGUUUGUGUUUCCGCUCCCAGCAAGUGGUCAGGAUUAUAAUUGGCUGAAUGAGGGCAAAGUCAUCCCCACACAGUUCUGUAUCAGCGUACUUCCAUUCUCUGUCGUCUCUCCUCAGCUGUAGGACUGUCUACGGGGCUCUAGAUCGUGACCUAGAACAAAACGGACGAGUAUGCCCUAUAACACGAUCGGUGAGCGCUUUUUGCCAUAGUUGAUAUAUCGAUCGCAACCGGCAGGACAGCGAGCUCAUGGCUCAGUGGUUAGAGCUUCGUGACCUCAGCCAGAAAUGCAGUGAUUGGUGACCCUUCCAGCUGUUGAUAGUGUUCCCAUAGGUAGAUCUAGGAGUUCAAUCAAAGUAGAUACAGGAACAUCAUGCGAACAUAUCCUUCCUUAUACCACACUUUUUUGAAACCGAAGGAUGCUCUUUCUUCAUGUAUAAAAUUUGAAGAAGACGUACUUUCCUACCAAAUGAGUGAAGGAAAGAAUAUUUUCGCGUAUGUUUUCAUAAACUAUAUUUGGAUUUUUAAGGGCAUCGAAAAUCAACGGGGAAAAAUUCAUACUGCUUAAGUAGUCACUUUUUAUAGAACGUAUUUUACAAAGGUGGUCGAUAAGGAGUCGUUCGGAAGCCAGCACCGUGACCUGACUGGAAUAUCUUGGUAUUAUGCCACACGUUAAUUAAUAUUACAACCCCGCCUAAGUAAUAUUUUGGAAUUAAAACCGCAUUUCAGAAUUUCGAUGAACGUUUCAUGAGAUGGCAACAUCUACGGCGCUCCGUCCCACAGUACACAAGAGGAUUCGUUCUCGUUCAACUUUUUCUUCCAAACUUAAUAUAAAACAGUCCCAUGGCGAAGUGUCGCAAAUGAAGCCGCUGGUCCUUUUUGGCUUACAGGUUAAUUGUCCUGAAAAUUUGAACUACUAGGAUGAACUCUGGUUGUAGAAGGGUGUACGAAGAAGCAUCCCGUCGGAUUCUCCUCGGAUUCCUUUGACUUUCUCACUGUAGCGUAUUUUGCGCCUUACAGUUUGAGCACUCGCUGCCUGCUGACACGGUUGUGAUUUGACUGGCAAAAUAGUAGAAAGUACAAAAAUAAUCUUUCACAGACCAGGGGUGCACAGGAUCUUUGUGACCCUUAUAAUGGUUGAGAUAGGCGCCUUAUACCCCAACGACCUCUGUAUUUACCUACACGUUUCUAAGUCGGAUUAUAAUCAUUGUGUCCCCAUCCCUAACCAUUGCCGCGCUUUUUUAUACCUCCAAGGGGUCGACUACGCUGCCUAGCCUCUUUUACUGUCCACGUUGGUUUCGAUCGCCUUUUCUUACCCUGGUGCUUAAUUGAAUUACGCAUUUUUUCUAACUUUUCUGUCCGGCUUAUUUGUUAGCAGUUAGUCGGUACAUCAUCGGUUUUUUUAAAUUUAUCCUCAUUAAUUUCUGAGGCUCACUGACCAUAAGACUUUCAAGCCUACCCGCAUGACACCAUUUUUUACCCAUAACAGGGUAGAACUUUUGGAUGCUCUGGAUCCGGUGAAAUGCCAUGCUGCCAUCUCCAUGCAGCGUUCUUGUCCUUCCGGCCCCCUCUGCAACCUUCAACAUAUUUCUAAACUAACUCCGCCAAAAACCGCUGGCCUGCCCCUAGAGUGAGUUUCGACUUUUUCUGAAUGUGAAUAUUGAAUCUUACUUGCCGCCCAUGCCGUUGAAUUUGUCGAACAGUAAGGAUCGUCGCAGAACCCGGCGCGAAGCCUUCCCUGCUAAUCUUUAGUGGGCUGUCCAAAGUAUCUUGCCUUUUGCGACCGUUUAGUGAGUUGCGUCCAAGACGUCUGCAUGGUCAUAGAAACAUCAUGCAUAAGACCCUGCCCAGACCUUGUAAUCCGCACGUAUCGUCUCUGGCAUUGGUCUAUCGCGCACACGACUGCGUAUGAACUGCCCGCUUUUGUUGCUUUUAUGGUCACGCCCCGGCUCGUACAUAAGACCAUGUUCAUCCAUCGCAAGCGACGAGGAUUAGAGACGUCCAGUACUUUUCUACACGUAAGUUUGUGCAAGGUAAAGCAUGCUUGUGCAGUAUCCAUCUCCAGUCACGGAACCGUCUUUGGCGAUCGGAGGUAUUCGCUGAUGCAAUGACUGACGAAACUGAAGGCACAUCCACGCGCGUCUCACACAUGGUCUUCCAUAACCCCAAACAAACCUUGUUCAAAGAGAGAGAGAGAGAGAGAGAGAGAGAGAAAGCGAGAGAGAGACGGUAUUAGGUUUUGCACCAAAGAGAGAGCCACCAACCCUACAUUAAGAAGGGGCAUUACGGCCACUCCCUCCGUCUUAAGCAGGACAGAGUCGCGGGGUCAGUUGGCAACUUCCUAAGCCACGAUCGUUUGCGCAUUGUAAUAAUUUAGGGAGUCGUAUCCUUAUUGGUCGUAAUUUUGCACCAAGUUCGAGAUCCAAACUGAAGCGGUCGUACUCACUUUUGUCAAUAGUAAGUCUUCUUCAAUGCGAUUAGAGAUGAAAUUGAGCGCAGUAUUUGACCGAAGGUCGGAACCUUUGGUUGCUUACUUUCUUCGUCCUCUGACGUCGCCAUGCUCUUGAAGAAAUACUUUCUAACUGAGACAAUUCUUUUCUCAUAGAAAUGUUAAUAGUCACCUUAAUUCAUCUUCACUUACUCUGUGUGCUGCACCGUACCGUAAAUCUAUGAAGUCAGGAGUGCCUACCGUGCCGUUUUAGUGCAUCCGAACUUUCGUGGUAACCGCCGUCCGACAGGAACCUAUGUUAUGAUCCAUGAAGAGCUCAACUGGUUACCAGUAAGGGUGACUUUUUCUCGCAUGAGGACGCAUCCACGUUUGGGAAGGGAUCUCGCACCUUCCUAACAAGUUCUUCCUUCAACUCCUCAGCUACCUAAUGGUCUCUUCUGUCGGGAUAUCCAGUGUGGUCGCGACUAAUUUAGCAUUGUAGUGCGAUUAUAGGAGAUCACUCCCUUUCAAAAAUGAGCACAGAAGAAAUCUUUUCGUACUUUUCUCAACUGACCAGUAGGCUGGAGCCCCAAGAAGACUGGACGAGAAUUUUCACUUGACUGUUUGCUUUCCAGUCCGUCUACGGGUGGCAGUUGGUGGUACAACGCCACGCAAAGGCCAGCCACGAUGCAAGCAAACUUUUGUGUCUGGAGAAAAGGCUAUUGUGGAUCACCAGUGAUUGAGCUACCAGAACGGUGAAAGCUAAAUCCUCGGACUUCAGCUGCUGCAUAGAUUGCCACGGAGUCGGACAACGGGACCUGAGCCGCCAUCAAAUAAAUUUUUUUGCUGUCGCCACAAGGAUUGUCUUGAUGACUAUAUAACUCAACUUGUAACAAGCCUCUGGAUCUCUUUUAUUGCAGCGCUUUCCCGCCUAUGUCAUGGCUCUUGUUAGAGGGUCGGGACAUGAACUUAGCAAACACGCCUGUCUGGAAGAUACUGACAAUCGUGCAUUCCUUACCGGAAUCUGAUGGCUCUUGACGUGUACGCCGCCUGCCUCCCCAAGGUACCCAGCUCCAAGGAGAUUGACGAUCCGACCAAGAUUGUGUGGGACUCUAGUAAAUGCCAUGUGAAAUGUAACCCGCGCGCUUUCAAGGCGUCCAUUGUCAGGAACUAUUUCAUCAGUGGUACUUAUAUUUCGUCGUCAAAGUGAGUUGCUCUAUUCGCGUCGAUUAGGAACUCAACUCGUCAACUGCGUCUUCUUUACACAACAGUAGAGAUGGCUGGGUCAUUUGCUACCCGUACAUGAAAUUAAAGUGUUCCUGGGUGCCGAAUUCACUCUGGCGUCGAUGGCUUCGGGGUAGCUGACCCAAGUCAGGCGUGAGCGAGCUGUAGACAUCGGGCACACCUAUACGGUCUACGACCUGUGUGGCUGGUAUGCCAACACCGCACAGAAAUCUGCCGCUAACCGAUUAUAACGAAAAACCCUCUCUUGGGACUUACUGGACAUGCACCUCCGCCGAAUGGAUCAGUCACUAUGAGUGCCAUCACAAGAAAUUGUGUCACUGAUUCGGUUACGCGUUCUUGCCCAGAAAUUUUGUUUGCUUACUCAACUUGAACGCCACAAACCCUCGGCUUCGACUUCUCUAAGUCGAUCUGUAUGUUUUUUUUUUAUUUUCAUGCAUCAUCAGCCAUGACCCCUUUGUUAUUUUGCAGUUUGACGGAUACCGUUUGCUGUUGACUAUUGUCUCCUGUUUUCCUUUAGUAGAAUUGGCCAACUCUCCAGUGCCCAGCGUCAAAGCCUUAGCGAGUUCCUCGAGUGCCAGAUGCAGGGUGCAGAACUGGUCGGCUCCUCGGCAGAAUUCAAAUUUUGGUUAUUGCGGUGGUUCCGCCAUCUUGUGGAGGAUGGUGCGUUUGCCCUGACGCUUUUCAUGCACUGUUAUUGCACUUACUUCGAUGCAGUGUGUCUGGUUCAAAACUGUUCGUUUUUAGUCGAUAAUGGUGUUUGCCUGAGUCGUGAUGCCAAGGUGGACUUAGUGAAACCUUGUCUGACUUUAUGGGAUCUGAUUGCAUCUCUCGUUCUCAAAAAUACUCAACAUACUUCGCUGAAUUGGUUUUGUCUGAGUUACCCAGUUAUUGGAGGCGUCAUUCUUCUAAGGCACUUAAACCUCCAGACACCCUGA